UAUACUGGCACAGAGAAAACUAGAAGAAAGAGAAUUGUUAAAAGUAAAAAAUAAAACAAAAUAUAAAAAUGGCGCAAAAUUUAUCCGUUAGCCAAAACAAGAAACAGGAACGAGGGAAAAGAUCGAAAUAAAAAUUAAAAAAAAAAAUAGUAGGCUUAGACGAUAGGGAAGCGAAGAUGGACAGAACCGGCGCCGUUUAAGGACUGAGGGAAGCUAUCAUGAAUCCAACCACGCGCCGACAUUUGGAGUGGAAGUUCUCUCAAGUCUUCGGCGAAAGAAGCCCCGAUGACGAAAUUCUAGACGCUGAUAGAAUAUCGACGGUUGAAUUUGACAAGAGUGGCGAUUACGUUGCUGUUGGAGAUCGAGGCGGUCGGAUCGUGAUAUUCGAGACGAAGGAUGGAAAAAAUACAGCCGACCAGCACUAUUCCCGAAAUCAACUGGAGCAAUUGGAUUAUGUCUCUUUAAACCACCCUGAAUAUCGAUAUAAAACUGAAUUCCAGAGUCAUGAACCUGAGUUCGAUUAUUUGAAGAGCCUGGAGAUUGAAGAGAAGAUCAACAAACUCAAAUGGUGUACAAGUCUAAGUGGGUCACUCUUUAUCCUUUCAACGAAUGAUAAGACAAUUAAACUGUGGAAGGUAAAAGAUAGAAAGGUGAAGAAAGCCAGGGAAAUUGAUUCUCCUCAUCAAUUGCUCUCUUCAGAAAAUACUCUUCUGUCUGAAAAGAGUUUUAUGAAUGAGCAAGGCAUACCAUCUUUUGCUAAUGGCAAUCAUGUAGAAAGUGGAGUUAACAGUAUUUUCCCAUCUCAAGAACUGCGUUCUAAGAUUGCCAACUAUGAAGACACUGCUUAUGCAAGAUGUAGAAGGGUGUAUGCUCAUGCUCAUGAUUUUAAUAUCAACUCAAUUUCAAAUAAUAGUGAUGGUGAGACGUUUAUAUCUGCAGAUGAUCUCAGGAUAAACUUGUGGAACCUUGAAGUUAGUAAUCAGUCAUUUAAUAUCAUUGACAUGAAGCCAUCAAAUAUGGAGGAGCUUACUGAGGUCAUAACAUCAGCUGAAUUCCAUCCAAUUCAUUGUAACCUGCUUGCAUAUAGCAGCUCAAGAGGUUUUAUUCGUCUAGUUGACAUGCGGCAAUCUGCAUUGUGUGAUUACAGUGCAAGGAUAUUUCAGGAUGAAGAAUGUCAUGGGUCACGAUCAUUCCUUACCGAGAUUGUUGCUUCCAUAACUGAUAUAAAGUUUCCAGUUGAUGGACGUCACAUCUUAAGCCGUGACUACAUGAACCUUAAGCUAUGGGAUAUGCACAUGGAUUCUUCACCAGUUGCUACAUUCAAAAUUCACGAACACUUACGCCCGAAGUUAUGCGAUUUGUAUAACAAUGACUCCAUAUUUGAUAAAUUUGAGUGCUGCCUCAGUGGAGAUGGACUUCAUUUUGCAACUGGAUCUUAUAGUAAUCUCUUACGAAUCUUCUUUCAUGGUGGUGGGAGUGACGAGGGGGCUACGAUAGAAGCUAGCAAAGAUCCGAACAGUAUUAAAAAUAGGAAGCCACUUCCAAGGGCAAGAAGAUCAUCUCUAAGUAACCUUACCCGCGGGUUUUACAAACAAGGUCACGAAAGCACAAGCGUUGUUGAUGAAUAUUCGUUGAACUCGAGUUCUAAGUUGCAACAUCUCGCAUGGCAUCCAUGUACAUACUUGAUUGCUUGUGCUUCCGGUAAUAGCUUGUUUUUCUACCAUGCUUAGUUACCCUCUAUAUACAUGCUUUCAAAACUACGUUUUACUGGUUUACCAUGAGUAAAAAUGUACAAGUUCUGCAUAAUCAAAUUCGAUAAUUUGAAGCCUUUGUCCUGAUUAACAUGUAUAAAAGACAGGUAGGCUCAUUUCAUAACAUUGUCACCAUAUCUCGUCAACAAAAAUUCAUGUUCAAAUGUGCUCAGUCAAUGUCCAAAUAUUUGAAGCAAUGAGAGAAUUGACCAAGCAAAAGAUACCUUCCGAUGAGAAACCUACCAUGAAUACAUUUUCAAGUUUAAACAACUUGUGUUUUAGAGUUACUUUAGUAGCAAAGGAACAGCAAGUACAAUACAAGACAUUAUUUAAUGUUCCAAGCGAAUAAUCAUAAAAUUAACAUAGUUUUAACACCAAGGUUCAACAGGUUUAGUUUAAUAAUCCAUGCAACCCCAAACAUACUAGAUAUUGUUCGAAAUUCCAAGAAGCAAAGCCCAACAAAACAGAUGUUCAAAAUACAAGCACUCCCUUAACAGUAGAACAUAACACGCUUGACAUUUUCCUUGAGGGCAGGCAGAGGUCUGACGGCAGCACUAGCACCAGGUCCUCUUGUGCUACGCCCACCAGCAGCUGCAGCUCCACCUCCACGCCCU